AUUCCAAAAGGUUCACAUAAAUUUUUUUGCCACUGUAUGUUCUUGUUGAACAUCCCGUUCCAGAUUUAUUCCUCCUUUACUGUUAUAAUAACCUCCUCUCUUCUGUGAAGGCUUUCCAUUAGAUUUUGGAGCGUGGCUGUGGGGAUUUGUGUUCAUUCAGCUACAGGAGCAUUAGUGAAAUCAGGUACUGAUGUUGGGUGAGGAGUCUCCAAUUCCAGUUCAUCCCAGAGGUGUUCAGUGGGGUUGAGUUCAUCCAAACAAACUUUGACAAACCAUUCCUUCAUGGAUCCCACUUUGUUCACAUGGACACCGACUAUGUUUACAUACACAUCAAAUUCCGUUUAAGGUCUAUUUUCGGGUUGCAGCCAUCGUCCGAAUACGAUGUUCAUAUGCGUGCAGGCAUUGGAAUAUUCCUGUAUACAUGGUUGUGGUUUAGGAAGUUUGCCAUUCCUAAAUACUGAGCCUACAGAUAAGCAUCUGUUAGCACCCACAAUUAUUGCAGACUGAGCAUGUGCAUAGUCAUGUGAAAAAAUAAGCACAUCCCAUGGAAAUUGUUGACUUUUUGAUCAAAUUUGGACAAGCAAACAUUUGAUCAUCUAUUGAAACAGUGUUUAUUAAUGAAGCUGAUAUACUUGAACAUGGAAAAUUGGCUUUUUUCCCACCAAUCUUUUAUUCAACAGAAAUAGCAAUAGAUGUAUGAUUCAUCUGUGGAAAAAGUAAGUACACCCUUGGCCUCAGAAGCUAGUAUUGCCCCCUUUAGCAGUAAUAACUUCUUGUAGACAUUUUGCAUAACUGUCCACCAGGCUUGCUGGAAUAUUUGACCACGCUUCCAUGCAAUAUUCUUUCGGUUUCAAGAUGUUUGAGGGUUUUCUGCCUGUUUCAAAUCCCCCCACAACAUUUAAAUGGGAUUCAAAUCCGGGCCUUGACUAGGCCAUUCCACAACCCUCCAUUUCUUCUUUUUGACCCAUUCCUUGGUGGAUUUGCUAGUGUGCUUAGGAACAUUAUCCUGUUGAAAGGUCCACUUUCGGUUCAAUUUCAACUUUUUGACAGAUGGCCUCACAUUAUCUUCAAGCACUCUUUGAUGCAGAAUUCAUAGCUGAACCAAUGAAUGCAGGCUUUCCAGUCCCUGAGGCAGCGAAGCAACUCCAAACCGUAACAUUUCCACCACCGUGCUUCACAGCUGUUAUGAGGUGCUUCUCCUGAAAAGCUGUCUUUGGUCAGCGCCAAACAUGUCUGCUGUUACUGUGGCCAAACAGCUCUAUCUUUGAUUCGUCUGUCCAGAGCACAUUAUUCCAAAAGGCCUGGUCUUUGCCUAUAUGCUCAUUGGCAAACUGUAGUCUUGCUUUAAUGUUCUAUUUAGACAGCAAAGGUUUUUUCCUGGCACGCUUCCCAUGCAAAUCAAAUUCAUGCAAUCUCAUUCUGAUUGUAGAAGCAUGCAGUUUGACACCAACAGUUGCAAGACUUACUAGCAGAUACUGUGAUGAAAUUUUGGGGUUCUUGGAGACUUCUUUUUGCAUCAGAUGGCCUGCUCUUGGGCUGAAUUUGCUGGGACAGCCAGUCCUGGACAAAUUGGUAGUCGUUUGAAAUCUGCACCAUUCGUAGAUCAUAGUUCUUACAGUGGAAUGAUGUAUUUAAAAUAAUUUGGAGAUCUUUUUAAAUCCCUUGCCAGACUCAUAGGCAUCCACAACCUUUUUUCUGAAGGCCUUACAGAACUCUUUAGAUCUUGGCAUGAUAACACCACACACCUCAGUAGCAAAGACACCAGACACUAGAUAUGAGAGGGGUAUCAGUAGAACUCCCUAAGCAGGUUCUAAUCACUAGCACCCAAUCUUCAACACCUGAUUCUAAUUUUACGGAUUUGAAGGUGUGAUAAAUGUAGGGGUGUACUUACUUUUUGUUGUACUUUUGUUAAUUUAAAUUGUGAAAAUUACUACAAAAUGUAAAUUUUAUGUGUCAUUUGAUCAUGUAUCACCUUUUAUUAAUAGGCACUGUUUCAAAGCGGAUCAAAUGUUUGCUUGUCCAAAUAUGUCAAAAAACCCAACAAUUUCCAUGGGGUGUACUUAUCUUUUCACAUGACUGUAUAUCUCCUUUCAGUAGAUUUUCUGAAUAAGGUAACAAAUGCAACAAAUUUCUGAUUAAAACAGGCAUAUUCCAGGGGAGGGAAUCAGAAUUUGGGGAAUCAGAAUAUUGUGUUAAUCUGAAUCGGGCAAUCAGAUUGUGGCGUUUACGUAACUCAGUACUAAUUAGAAUAUUGCCAAAUUCCAGAUUAAUAUCCGAAUAUUGACGUGCAUGUAAACAUAGUCGUUGUCAUGCUGGAAUAGGUUUGGGCCUCUUAGAUCCAGUGGAGGGAAAUUGUUUUUUUAUACCGUAGCUUUACGUUCUAUACAAUUGUGUGUUUUCCACAUUGUGGCAACAGUUUGGGGGAAGGAAAACAUGGGUGUGAUGGUCAGAUGUCCACAAACUUUUGGACAUAUAGUAUAUGUGAGAGUUGGGUGUGACUUUUUAUUUUUUUUGGAGCCUUGAUGAUUGUGCAGAGGUUGGUGAGCAAGGCUGCAACCCUUCAGCUUUGUGCCAGAGUCAAAUUCACCUGGUGGGCACAUAAGAUGGCCAGACCAAGCUCAGAUUUAGCAGCUUUUCGUAAAGACUUUGCUAAGGCCAAGCACAUAGUGAUACUCACAGGAGCUGGAGUCAGUGCAGAGAGUGGAGUGCCAACCUUCAGAGGAGCUGGUGGCUACUGGAGAAAGUGGCAGGCUCAGGAUUUGGCCACCCCAGACGCAUUCUCCCGUGAUCCAUCCCUGGUUUGGGAGUUUUAUCACUAUAGGCGUGAGGUUAUGUGCAGUAAGGAGCCAAAUCCAGCCCACUUGGCAAUAGCAGAGUGUGAGGCGCGCCUCAGCCAGCAGGGGCGCUCUGUUGUUGUCGUUACCCAGAAUAUUGAUGAGCUACACCGUCGAGCAGGUUCCCAAAAUGUGCUGGAGCUCCAUGGUAGUCUGUUUAAAACUCGCUGUAUAAGCUGUGGUGAAGUUAAGGCCAACUACAAGAGCCCUAUAUGCCCUGCUUUGAAGGGGAAAGGAGCACCUGAUCCCAAAGCCAAAGAUGCCAGAAUACCAGAAGAAGAUCUUCCCAGAUGUGAGGCGCAGGGCUGUCGUGGUCUUCUGAGGCCUCAUGUCGUGUGGUUUGGAGAGUCGCUGGAUCCUGAUAUUCUGACCAGAGUGGAUCUAGAGCUGGAAAGAUGUGAUCUCUGCUUAGUGGUGGGUACGUCCUCGAUAGUUUACCCAGCAGCCAUGUUUGCUCCUCAGGUGGCAGCUAGAGGAGUGCCUGUGGCUGAAUUUAACAUGGAAUGCACACCUGCCACCAUGCGCUUUAUGUAUCAUUUUGAAGGUCCGUGUGGCAGCACUCUGCCUCCUGCCCUGGCAACCCAUGAGAGCGAGGGUGUCUGAGGACAUCCUCCUGAGCACAUCAACUUUGUGUUGUUGAUCGUGCUCUUUUACAUCCUAUCCCUGUACUUGUGUUCUGUUUGAUGUGAAGGCAAAACUGAUGAAUAAAUUACGUCUGUCUUUUA